CGCAUGGACGUCAAUUCCUCAGCAGUGAACGGUAUCGUGUCUAUAGGUUCUGGUUUCUCAGGCCUUCGCGAGCUCCUAGGUGCUCUGGACAUACCCGGCAUGGCUGGUAGCACGUACAGUAAGUAUCAGGAUAUUGUUGCUAAAGGAAUCGACGAAACAGCUUGGGAAGAAAUAAGAAAAGCAGGCAUUGAGGAAGCUCGGUUAGCUAGGGAGGCUGGGGACGUCGAUGCUGACGGUUUUCCUAUAAUUACGGUCGUUGCCGAUGGUGCUUGGUGCAAACGUUCAUACAAGAACAAGUACGACGCUCUUUCUGGCUUGGCUGUAAUUGUUGGGUACCGCACAAAGAAAGUACUGUUCCUAGGCGUCCGGAACAAAUUUUGUACACUGUGCGCAAGUUCCAAGGCAGGGUCGAGCCCAAAAAAGCAUCUGUGCUUCAAGAACUGGGACAGCAGCUCUACCAGUAUGGAGAAGGAUAUCGUCGUUGAAGGCUUCAGGCGCAGCAUUGAGUUGCACGGGGUAAAGUACUUGCAGUUGAUCGCUGACGGUGAUUCGAGCACAUACAAGUCAAUUCUUGAAGCUGCACCGUACCAGCAUCAGGUAGUUCAGAAGGUAGAAUGUCGCAACCACCUUCUUCGAAACUAUGUAAGUCGUCUUCGAGAUGUUGCUUUGGCAAAGAGAACAACCCCCAUUCCCCCAUCGUUGAAGAAGCUACUUCUGGAUAAUGCUGUUCGACUAAGAGUUGGAGUUGCUAGGGCUAUUCACUAUCGCAAAGAGCAGGCCGAGUUCAGCAAACAAGAUCAGAUUCGGAACCUGGUGGCUGAUAUCCGUAAUGGGCCACUCCAUGUGUUCGGCGACCACGCAAAAUGUGCGGGUUACUUUUGCAGUGGUCCAAAAGAAGGGGAAGUCAAUCACGUCCCAGAGCUCAGGAAAUGCGGACUUUUCAAUGAAAUCCUUGUAGCGAUGAGUCGUUUGGCAAACAAUGGUAGCAGCUUGAUCCUUGACGUUAACAAUAAUGCUGCAGAACAUUUCAAUUCUCUCGUUGCAAAGUUUUCUGGCGGUAAAAGAAUAAACUUUUCCCAGAGGGGAUCAUUCGGAAUGCGGGCUUCAGGAGCUGUCGUGUCUUUCAACUCUAAGCAGUACCAUCGUGCUCUACAUAAGGCAGUGUACAACACCAGCCCUGGGAAGUAUGCAAAAAUUAUGCUGAAGCGUAAAGCAGCUGUUCGUGCUGCUUGCAUAAGGCAUCGGAGUUCUGGGGCUGCUCGCUGUAAGCGUUCACUUGAAGGUGCGCCUUGCAAGCGUGCUUCCAGCGACAACCACUAUGGUUCCAUAGUGGAUGCUCCAGACAUGAACCACGAUGACUAUGUUGAAGCUGCUGCGGCGUACAAGGAUUCCCUUGUGCUCUCCCAACCAGAUGCAGAGCAGCUCGAGGCUGAUACUCGAGGUCAAGAAGGGAGAACUUUGUGGAUGCAGGAGAGGCGAAAGCGACUCACCGCUUCUAAUUUUGGCAAGGUAUGCAAGAUGCGAGAUGCAACGAGCAGUGCAAGUACUGUUCGUUCCUUGCUCUAUGGUCAUUUUGACACUGAGGCUCUCCGAUAUGGUCGCGACACUGAGCCCAUUGCAAUUGCUAAGCUGCAGGAUGAGUUAGGGGUGACUGUUUCACCAUGCGGCCUUGUUGUUGAUCAGGAGUUUGCAUACCUUGCUGCAACACCUGAUGGGCUUGUCGGUGAUGACACUGUCGUGGAAGUGAAGUGCCCUUAUUCGGCUCGGCCCCUUACCCCUGUGGAGGGAGUGCGGGCAAAAAAAAUCACCUUUUGCACUAUUGAUAACUCUGGUAAUAUUUCGUUGAAGGAAAACCAUGACUACCACUAUCAGGUGCAGGGACAGCUCCACAUCACUCGACGUCAGUUUUGUCUUUUUGUGGUAUAUUCUGGCGAGGAAAUUUUUGUCCAGAAGAUCGAGAGAAAUGAUGGCUUCUGGAGCAAAAUGAUUGGCCACCUUCAACUGUUCUACUCGCAUAGCCUUCUACCGGAGUUGGUUGACCCUCGUCAGUCCCGUGGGCUGCAGCUCAGAGAUAACAAGAAGAGUGACCAUCAGGUUGCCUCGCUCUGUGAUGCCGCCAAAACAACUUCCAAUCAGGGCGAUUCAUCCAGAAAGAGACGGAAGACUGGUAAAGAUAACUCACCUGCCGCUGUUCUGUAAUUAUGGCUAGACUGUGGAUUUACGUGUCAUUUAGUUUGUGCGGCUCCACCUUUGCCAAGUGUUUUAAUGCAUAUUCAUCCAUUUUGCUUCAUAAUUUACUGAAUGUUUUUCCAUAUACAUGUCUUCGACUUUGGCUCAGGCUGCAUAUCUUCACGUUUGUGUUUCAUAUUUAAGUUACCUUUUUCCAUUUUUACUGUGCAUAUCUGUGCAUAUUUUUCAAUUUUCCUAAAUAUUUAUAUUAAUAUAUUUCUAUGUAUAAAUCCACAGACUAGUCGUGCGAUGCUUGUCAUA